CCAUACGUCCCUUCAGUAAGUCAGUUUUGAAGUUUCAACUUUCAAGUAUGAACCCUUGAUUCAGAUUUUUCUCGUAGAACCAACCGUCUUCACGUGUUGCUGUUCAACAAAAUCCUCAAACCACUGAACUUUGAUUCGAUUCCAUUUCGUUUCCCUUUUUCCGAAUCUCAUUUCACUCUCUCUCGUCCACUUUCUUCUGAAUUUUUUCGAUCGUCAUCCGUUUCCGUCCACGAUGCAGUACAAGAACUUAGGCAGGUCCGGCUUGAAGGUCAGCCAGUUAUCAUACGGCGCUUGGGUAAGCUUCGGCAAUCAGCUCGAUGUUCGAGAGGCCAAAUCUCUUCUCCAAUGCUGCCGUGACCAUGGCGUCAAUUUCUUCGACAACGCUGAAGUCUACGCCAAUGGCCGGGCCGAGGAGAUCAUGGGUCAGGCCAUUCGGGAGCUCGGAUGGAAGCGCUCCGAUAUAGUCGUCUCCACCAAGAUCUUUUGGGGCGGUCCUGGUCCAAACGAUAAAGGGCUUUCCCGAAAGCAUAUCGUUGAAGGUACCAAGGCUUCACUGAAGCGAUUGGAUAUGGAGUAUGUUGAUGUUAUUUACUGUCAUCGACCGGAUUCUUCGACGCCGAUCGAGGAGACGGUGAGGGCGAUGAAUUAUGUGAUUGAUAAGGGGUGGGCGUUUUAUUGGGGAACCAGUGAGUGGUCAGCUCAGCAGAUCACUGAGGCUUGGGGAAUUGCCGAGAGAUUGGAUUUGGUUGGGCCGAUUGUGGAGCAGCCGGAGUACAAUUUGUUGUCUCGGCAUAAGGUCGAGGCCGAGUUUCUCCCUCUGUACACCAACUAUGGCUUAGGUCUAACAACAUGGAGUCCACUGGCUUCGGGCGUGCUCACUGGAAAAUACAACAAGGGAAGUAUACCACCUGAUAGCCGAUUUGCUUUGGAAAAUUACAAAAAUCUUGCAAAUCGAUCUCUGGUUGAUGAUGUGUUGAGAAAAGUCAAUGGGUUGAAACCAAUUGCGGAUGAGCUCGGCGUGCCAUUGUCGCAGCUAGCAAUUGCAUGGUGUGCUGCAAAUCCUAAUGUUUCAUCGGUUAUCACUGGUGCAACGAAAGAAUCUCAGAUUCAGGAGAACAUGAAAGCUGUGGACGUGAUCCCAUUGCUAACUCCUGCAGUAAUGGAGAAGAUUGAAGCUGUUGUUCAAAGCAAGCCAAAGCGCCCAGAGUCAUUUAGGUGAACAUAACACAUUCUUUAGCAGUUAGCACCAUAGUCUUCUGUGCAUUGCUUAGCAGCUUCCUUCCUUGUUUCUGUGUUGUUAUUAUUGGUGUGCUCUGUUAUGGCCUUCUUUCUACUUUGUUGGGGAUUUCUUUCUUCUGCUCUUUUUUUGUUGUGUGUUUGAUUUUGAGGGAGGAGAAAAAACAGUUCAUAAUAUUAUAAAAACUUUGAGUUGUGUGAACCAUUGGAAAUGAAAAUUUAUAUUUUCAUUGAGCAAAUCAAAGGAGUUGUGUUGACAAAA